AUGAGAUAUGAUUGCCCCCCGAUACCGAGAAACAAAGUUAUCGUCACCUUGACUAGGUGGGAUUCUGACUUAGAGGCAUUCAGUCAUAAUCCCCCAUAUCUUCGAACCAUUGACCGAUCGGUCAAGUCCAUGAACCAAAUGUCUGAACCUGCUAUUCCUCUCGUACUAAGCAGGAAAUAUAUCAACAGUAGGUGGGUGCACAAUCCAACGCUUGGCGAAUUCUGCUUCGCAAUGAUAGGAAGAACCGACAUCGAAGGAUCAAAAAGCAACGUCGCUAUGGACGCUUGGCUGCCACAAGCCAGUUAUCCCUGUGGUAACUUUUCUGACACCUCUUACCAGAAACUCUCUGGAUUAAAAGGAUCGAUAGGCCACGCUUUCGCAGCGUUUUAUAAUACAUGA